AUGCCUAAACCACAGUGUUGGGGAGGAGAAACAAACCAGCCAUCUAAGCAUGUUUACUUCCAGCAACAAGGAAGUUCUAACUUGUCUCUAAGUGGUGACUCACUGGGUUGGGACUAUAAAAGUAAAGGUAGCUGCUCUCUAAAACAUCAAGGCUUCAGACUUCAGAAAUCCAACAUGAUGCAAUCAGGACUUGCAGCUGUUUUCUUUUUCUUGUUGGGUUUGUCAUUUUGCCUGACAAUCCCUAUUCCCCUUGAAGACAGCCAUGAAUUCACAGAAAAGGACCUUCAGUUUGCAGAGCGCUAUCUCAGGACUCACUAUGAUCUCCGUCCGAAUCCUGCUGGCAUAAUGAGGAAGAGUGGGAACACAGUCGCAGCCAAACUUCGGGAAAUGCAAGCUUUCUUUGGCUUGGAGGUGACAGGCAAACUAGAUGAAGAAACAUAUGAGCUGAUGCAGAAACCAAGAUGUGGUGUCCCAGAUGUGGGGGAAUAUAACUUUUUCCCUAGAAAACUCAAAUGGUCGAAAAUGAAUUUGACAUACAGAAUUAUGAAUUACACUUCAGAUCUGAGACGUAAUGAAGUAGACAGAGCUUUCAAGAAAGCAUUUAAAGUUUGGUCUGAUGUGACUCCACUGAACUUCACCAGAAUACGAAGUGGUAUAGCUGAUAUCAUGAUCUCCUUUGGCACUAAAGAACAUGGUGACUUCUACCCUUUUGAUGGACCCUCUGGAUUACUGGCACAUGCUUUUCCCCCGGGCCCAGACUAUGGAGGAGACGCUCAUUUUGAUGAUGAUGAAGUUUGGUCAGAUGAUUCUAAAGGCUACAACUUGUUUCUUGUUGCUGCCCAUGAAUUUGGUCAUUCACUGGGACUUGAACACUCUAGAGACCCUGGAGCUUUGAUGUUCCCAAUCUACACAUACACUGGAAAAACUGGCUUCGUGCUUCCUGAUGAUGAUGUGCAAGGGAUCCAAGAACUCUAUGGUGCUGGAGACAAAGAUCCCAACCCAAAACAUCCCAAAACACCAGAGAAAUGUGAUGUAGAAUUAUCACUUGAUGCAAUAACAGAACUUCGUGGAGAAAUGCUGGUCUUCAAGGAUAGGUUUUUCUGGCGACUGCACCCUCAGAUGGUAGAGGCAGAACUGGUGUUACUUAAGUCCUUCUGGCCAGAGCUUCCAAAUAAAAUAGAUGCAGCUUAUGAAAAUCCCAUCAAAGAUCUUGUGUUCAUGUUUAAAGGAAAGAAAGUCUGGGCUUUGAAUGGUUACGACAUAGUUGAAGACUUCCCUAAAAAGAUAUAUGAAAUGGGAUUCCCAAAAGAAAUGAAAAGAAUAGAUGCAGCCGUCCAUGUUAAAGACACUGGCAAGACUCUCUUUUUCACUGGAAAUAAGUACUGGAGUUAUGAUGAAGAGGCAGAGGUUAUGGAUGCAGGCUACCCCAGGCUGAUAGAGGAAGAAUUCGCAGGAAUUGGUGAUAAGGUGGAUGCAGUCUAUGAAAGAAAUGGUUACCUCUACUUCUUCAAUGGACCACUGCAGUUUGAAUAUAGCAUCUGGAGUCAAAGAAUUGUCCGUGUCCUGCAUACUAACUCCCUGUUUUGGUGCUAAUUAUAGCUGAAUGCCAUGUCAUAGGCUGCAGAGCAGCUUGUAGCACAUGGGAAUAUUAAUAAAGUGGGCAUUUAGGUUUUCCAAAGGACAGCAAGGUUCUAUGAACAAGUACUAGGCUACCUACCACCAAAUGUACAGUUAUACAGCUGCAUGUCAAUCUGGAAUUGAUUUAACUUAAUAGGAAAGGAGAAAAGGAAUUGUUAGCAUUUCAAGGUGCAUUACACCAUUUAAAGUUUGUCUAGUGUUGGAGUGAUGCUGGACACAUCACACGCUUUCAUGAACACUACUAAUUCCCAGUAUUCUGAGCAAGGAUCUCUUAGCAUAUCCCAAGAAAUAGACCUGGUAAACCCAGGAGCUUUAUAUUUUUAAACUAAUUCUCCUUCCCUUUUUGAAAUUCCUUUUAACAUACUGGGAAUUCAGAUGUGUAAUGAAUGAGUGAGGACUGUAUGGUGACUCUCUGAGCAAGUAGCACCAAGCAGCAAUGAUGAAGUUUGGGAAUUCAAAAGUAUUUGACUAUAUUGAAUGGGAAUAUCCCCCUGGAAGCAGAUGUCUAUGUCAUCUUUAGAACAAGGAGAAGGUACAGAAGCAGUGAGAUGUCACUCCAAAGUGGAUAGGAAAGCAGAAAAAGGGAAAAGUACUCCCUGGAGAAAUUGUAGACCUGUAUGAUACUGGGGAAACCAGAAGGAAGCAGCUAGAAGAGAAUCAUGCAGGUUGAAAUUGUGCAUGAUGCUACAUCUGGUAUCACAGUUCAGAUAUUUUCAGCUGGUGUUAACUGAAGUGACAUUUAUAGAGGUUAUGCCUGUGCCAGAAGAGAACCUGAACAUUCAAAGCAGAAUAUUGAAAAGAAUAUAUUUUUUCAUGUUGGCCACUCUUUUAAUAUCUAUAUUAAUUUUUUCAGUAUAUUGUAAUAUUUUGUUUUGUUCUGUUCUGUUUUGUUUUAAUCAAUGUAAAUGAUGUGGGACUGUGAUUAUUUUGAUUUUUAAAAAUAAUAUUAAAUGAACUGGAGGAAUAAAUUGACAUUGUGAAAUUACUUAAUUUUUUUUAUGCUCCCUGUCACAGAAGCAAUACAGAGCUAUUGGGCAAAAGAA